AUGACGAUCGAGGCAACACCGACGGGGAAUGCAGAGACAGAGAGGAGGAAAGAAAUUCAAGUGUCGAAGAACAAGAAACCCCUCUUCUUCUAUGUCAACAUUGCAAAAGAGUAUAUGCAACAGCGCAAUGAGGCUGAGCUUUCUACCUUCAGCAGCACCUACGGUGGAAAUAAAACCGAAAGUAGAGUAACGGAUGCUUCUUUAGGAGUUAGGGCUGCACAAGUCGAAAGGAAAAGGAAGCUCGAGGAGGAAAGGAAAGCUGCUCGACUUGCAUUAGACAAGAUGGAAAAUACGGAUUGUUUGACGAUAACAUGUACAUUAUGCGAGAGUUUGAGAAACUUAUCGGAUUGA